CCGAGAUUAUAGUAACGUGACGCCAACUGAGUUGCUAAGCGCUUAAUACCCGGCUUACUCAAUGCGCUUACCAAAUAUAAGAAAUUAAGCAAGGAACCAUACCGGAAGACAAACUGAAAACGAGGUUGUGUUGGGAAGAUCUUGAAACUUAGUGAACAAAAUUUUUCAAAAUGGAUACAGCAUACCUUAAACAAUGCCUUGGUGACUCAUUGUCACGGUGCUUAGCAGAGGUGUCAGAGAAGAGACCUAGAGAUCCAGUGGAAUAUAUUGCCCAGUGGCUUUACAAACAUGUUGAGAACCAAAACUACAUUGCUCAGAAAAAAGAAGAGGCUGCUGAAUUGGAAAGACAGAGACAGAACCAAGAGAAAGAGGAACGAUUGAGGGAGAAAAGAAGAGAAGAGGUUAGAAAAAUUGCUGAGAUGGAGGCAGAAAAAAAGAAGCAAGAGGAAGAGCGUGCUAAGAAGGAGACAACAUCACCAACUAAACUUCCUGUAGUAAUUGAAGCCCAGGAACCAUCUGAGGAAGCUAAAGCUGAAGCUAAAGCCGAGAGCCAGGAAUCAGCUGAAACAAAGGAGGAGGACAAAGGAGAGCAACCAGAAGGGGAGACAACUGCUCCAGCAGAAGAUAAAACUGAAGAACCUAAAGAAGAAAAUGAACAAAAAACAGAAGAUGAACCCAAAGCGGAAGAAGAGGCUAAAACUGAAGAAGCAAAAACUGAAGAAGAAAAGCCUGCAGAAGAAAAGCCUGCUGAAGAAGAGGCAACAUAAUCUCCCCUUGUGUUUAUUUCAACUUUGUUCUCUUAUCAUACAUCCAUUUAUCAAUUACAUGUAUAAUACAUUUAAUUUGUAUGUAAUUCUUCAUUUUGUUAAUGUGUUAAUUUUAAACAAGAAAGCAAUUUUGUUUCACAGGGAAUUCUGAUACUUUUUUUUAAGUUAAAAUGAAAAUAUAGAAAAUAAACAACUUUGAUCAGUUCUUAGUCUAGAGCUAGCAAUUUUGUAUGGUGUGAUUAUCUAGAAUGAGAAAUUCUUUUUCUUUUUUUUGGACUUUUUUAUAACAAAAAUGAUAUGAGUGAAUAAAUGCUAUCUGUGAAAACAAAAUUAGGAAAGAUAUGUGCAUUUAAUAUUUGAAUAUUUCUAUAUAUAAUUGUCUUUAAAAAUAAAUAUCUCAGAGAUGCAAUGUACAAUUGUACUUGCAUAAAGCCAGUUUGACAAUCAUUGUAUUUUUUUGUAACAUUAUAUUUCUUAAGAUCAAAAGAAGUCAAGAAUCAAAAAUAUAGUGCAAUUUAUUUUAUCAGUAGUAGUUCCUAGAAUUCUGUUUUGUAGAUAAAAUUAUAGAAAAAUAAGAUGUUAAUAUCUGUGUGGCCAUACUUUGAUUGCUUUAACAUUUUGGGUGCUUUCUUAAUAUUGUAAGUUUUGAGUCAUGUAUAAUUCUUGCCAUGAAUUUACACACAAUUAGACUAGUUUUCAUUAAUUAUCAGUCCAGGAUUAGUACUUGUAUCAGCAUUAUUAUUGUCUAGUUACUGAUAUACUUCAGUACUACUAAGUACUACUGGGCCUUGUUUUAUUUAGCGUUUUUUUGUCAAUGUAAUUUUAAUUGAAUACUAGUCAAUAGUACUGAAAUGAUAUCAUUCUGUUCGUAUAAAUGAAAUUGACUUUUUAUAAACAUUCCUAAUUUUCAUAUAAUAUUCUUAUCAAUAUCAGCAUUUAAAUGACCCAACAGAAAACAAAAGGAAAAUUCUAAGUUCUUAUUUCUAUCAUAAGUUCAUUAUAGUUAGAAUGAUGUUGUAUUAAUUACAUAAAAUGUUGUGAUAAAGCAUUGUCCAGAAGUUUAUUUCUUUUAUUUGAAGUUACUUUAACUGUAUGUGACAAAAAUUAAAUCAUACUGUAGUUAAAAAUUGUCCUGUUUAUAUAACUGUUAAUUAUAAUUGUUAAAUAUCUGUGAUUGAAUCUAGAAUUUACAUGAUCUACAUAUGUUUUUAGUCAGUGUUUGAAUAAAUGUAAAUUAUU